CCAUUUCUUUUCAUCAUAAAAUCUUCAAAAUAAGCAUAAGUAUUAUUUUCUGCUCUUCUUUCUUCUCCUUCUCACCUCACAGCCAUGGUUUCUUCAGACACUGCUAGAAAUGUGGUUGGCAUCCUUGGAAACAUCAUCUCAUUCUUCUUGUUCUUAUCGCCUGUGCCGACUUUUAUUCAAAUAUGGAAGAAAAGGGCGGUGGAGCAGUACUCAGCAACUCCAUAUCUUGCGACACUAGUGAACUGCAUGGUUUGGGUAUUGUACGGUUUGCCAAUGGUGCAUCCUAAUAGCUUGCUGGUGAUAACCAUUAAUGGAACAGGAACUGCCAUUGAGAUUCUUUAUCUAAUUAUUUUUAUUGUCUAUUCAGACAAGAAAAAGAGGUUGAAAGUAGUAUUAGCUGUUCUUGUCGAAGUUAUAUUCGUAGCUGUUCUUGCUCUUCUGGUACUAACUCUAGCCCACACCACCAAGAAGAGGUCUAUGAUUGUUGGAUUUGUCUGCAUCUGCUUUAACAUCAUGAUGUAUGCUUCACCACUCUCAAUCAUGAAAAUGGUGAUUACAACAAAAAGUGUGGAGUACAUGCCAUUCUUCCUAUCUCUUGCUUCCUUAGCCAAUGGUGUUGCCUGGAGUUCCUAUGCUUUCAUCCGUUUUGACCCCUUCAUCUUUAUUCCAAAUGGACUGGGUACACUAUUUGCUCUGGCCCAACUGGCACUGUAUGCAGUGUUCUACAAAUCUACAAAGAGGCAGAUAGAAGCAAGGCAAGGGAAAGCGGAGGUGGGUCUAUCGGAAGUAGUUGUGAAUGGCAAUGGAAAUUCCAAAAGGACAGGCCCUGAACCUCUGAACGCCUUUGGUUCUGAGAUCAAUGGGGCAUAAACCCACUGACCUGUCUAAUUAUACAUCCGUACUUUUAUUAAUAUUGGGUAACAUACGAAAAGUACAAUGUGCUGUGUGUACCCACCCAACCUUGGCUUUUUGCCUUAUAAUCAAGUCUCUGUUUUGCUA